ACUGCUUAGGAUAAUGACCUUUAGCUCCAUCCGCUGCUGCAAAGGACUAAUAUGGGGGCCUUUAAAGGGAUGGGUGACAGCAGGUUGGCAGACCCAUGAGUAAAUCAUUGCAACUGUCUCGAGUGUGAUGUCCCAAACUAGGUGCCAGAAAGGGAAAAGGUAAGAUUCAGAUAUUUAGGGUCAGGAUUUAAAAAUGUGUCCGAAUUUUUAAGAUUUUGUGGAUAUGACAAUGCUGCAUCAAAUGACUUUGGAACCUAUUGGAAAUUUAAGAGGAAAGAUGAAUAUUAACGUGUUAUGUGUCUGUGGAACAUUUGGGUAAAGAUGUCGAAGCAGACUUGUAUAUUUAACAUCAGGAGCUCAGGUGAUAGUGUAGAGGAAGUAAUGACUGAUACUGUAAAUCUUCUAGAACGAAAUGGUGUACGGAGAAAAGGAUUCACGAGGGGUUAAAGGGCGGACAAGACAGUGAAUAAAGUGGUUGGGCCCAGUGGUGAGGGGCCUUGCUCUCCACCAGCCGGCUCUGACUUCCUUUUAAAGGAGACUGAAAUGGCCUGGCAAGUGCUUGCAGCAGACCCUCCAGGCUCGCUAAGCAUACAUGCCUCCAAAGCUGGCCUCCCGCCACUCCCAGCAGAGGCCCCAACUGAAUGGGUCACUCAAGGCGGCACGCACAGGCUGGAAAAAGGCAUGAAAGGCCGCGGGAGGAUCACGCCUGCGCGGUAGUGGGCCGGCGGUUGGGCGCAGACGGGCACCGGAAGAUGGAGAGAUGGAGCCACCCCUGGAGACAAAUAGGCCUUUCAACACGUUGGAUAACCGCGACGGGCGGGUCCAAACCCUGUCCCCCACCCCUCUAUUGCAGAGGAAUCCCUACAGCAAGUCGGAUAUGAUGAACAUCAGAGGGUCGCAGAUUUCUUCGGUUCGUAAUAUCUCGGACCAGGGCAGGAUGGCUCUGCCUAAAGACAAGAACCAGGAGAGCACCGGGAACCGGCUGCUGAAUAUGCUGAGAAAAACUCUUCAAGGAUCUGAUACUGAAGAACCAGAAACAACACAGGAGACGCCAAAUUUGGUACCAUUUGGUGAUGUGGUUGGCUGCCUGGGUAUUCAUAUAAAGAAUUGCAGACAUUUUACACCUAAGAUUGUUGUUCAAUAUUAUGAUUAUUUAUUUAUUUGCAUCUCUGUAAAUGAAGUUGUGAAAUGUACAAAAAUGUGUCGCUUGCUAUCCGACGACAGUGAGAAGAACACUGCAAUUACAUUUGAUGAAGUAAAGUAUUUUUCUGUACAG